CAGAGCCAGACUGUUGUCAAGAGAAACGUAGCUAACAUUUACUCACCAGCCCCUCAGCUAACUGCAGCAAGUGGAGACAAGUUUGGAUAUAUAUUGGUCUCUUCGGCAGAAAGGAAGAUGCUUGGGUAUAUCUGGCAGUAUGUCUACACGUCCUUCCUGAGAUAUUGGCUGAAGUGGUUCAUCCGACAGGCCACAGGGACAUGUGAGCUGCAGCGAAUAUGCUCCGGAAACAAGCCUGGGGCAACAAGGACAUCCAAAGCAGAAUAUUCUCUCCGCUCAUCAAAGAACAAGGUUUUAAGAGGAGCUUUGAAAGCCAGCAAGGAUCAGUUAGAAAAAUGUGCGGACCAAAUUAUGAAAGAGAAGAAUGUCAAACCCCAGAAAGAUCCGCUGUUCAAGGAAAGCCUACACAUCUGUCUGUUACAGAUAACAGGAAACAGCAGCCUGUACGUAUCUGUGGAAAACAUGAGAAAGGAAGUGUUCAGCUCAGAGAACCAAGAACAUGAGGCCAUGCUCCUAAAGCUGUGGGACCUGCUGAUGCCGACGGUCAAACUGGAUUCGAGGAUAACCAAACAGUGGGGAGACAUCGGAUUUCAGGGCGACGAUCCAAAAACUGACUUCAGAGGAAUGGGACUGCUCGGCCUUAUCAACCUUGUGUAAGUCCCUUCAACUAAUUACAAUUACACAU